CUUGUUCGUUUUUACUAUCUGUUGCUAGGACAAUUCGACGCGCUAAUGGAGCCCGGUGAUGUUCCGGAUGAGCAGCUGAAAGGACCUUUUAACGGCGAUUAUGAUGAAGUCCUCGCAGGUUCGUUGGAGCAACCGGCUUCAUCAUUCAAUGAAGCAAUAGGACACUUAGAAGAUAUAAUGAUUAGUGACGAAUUUCAAACACUACAGGAAAACUUUAUCAAUGAACAUUGCUAUUGCUUCAGUGAUUCCAGUGAAAAUAAACUAUGCUACACAGACAUACACAUGAAAUAUGUCGACAUCGUCGAAAGAUUUUUA